GCCACGCACGUCGGCGUCGUGACUGCCGCAGAACGUUGUCAUUUCUGACCCCGGGCUUGCUGGCUUCCAGCCGCAGAGCAUCUGGCAGAAAUGUCUAAUGCCAAAGAAAGGAAACAUGCUAAGAAAAUGAGAAACCAGCCCACCAAUGUGACUUUAUCCUCUGGCUUUGUGACCGAUGGAGGUGUAAAGCACCAUAGUGGAGGCGGAAAACCUUUCCAGGCUCAAAAAGAUCCUCACUCUGGAACCUCACGACAGUGGCACGCCAGAACCUCCCACCAUGCCCUGGCUGAGUCUGAUGCGAAGGAGCAGUCUUCCUCCAAAGUAACCUUUAGGAAAAAGGGAGGAUGGAAAGCAGGUCCCGAGGGCACUUCUCAGGACAUUCCCAAGUACAUCACUGCUUCUACUUUUGCUCAAGCCCGAGCUGCUGAAAUCAGUGCCAUGUUGAAAGCAGUGACGCAGAAGUCUUCCAAUUCACUGGUCUUCCAGACUCUGCCACGGCACAUGAGACGAAGAGCCAUGAGUCACAAUGUCAAACGCCUGCCUCGACGCCUACAGGAGAUUGCCCAGAAAGAGGCGGAGAAAGCAGUUCACCAGAAAAAAGAACACUCAAAAACUAAGUGCCAUAAAGCUCGACGAUGUCACAUGAAUCGGAUGCUAGAGUUCAACCGAAGACAAAAGAAGAACAUAUGGUUAGAAACUCACAUCUGGCAUGCGAAGCGGUUUCACAUGGUCAAGAGGUGGGGCUACUGCCUGGGAGAGAGGCCGACAGCCAAGAGCCACAGAGCCUGCUAUCGAGCCAUGACAAGCCGCUGCCUCCUUCAGGAUUUAUCCUACUACUGUUGUUUGGAGUUGAAGGGCAAGGAAGAAGAGAUACUGAAGGCACUUUCUCCAAUGUGCAGCAUAGACACAGGAUUGACUUUCGCAGCAGUUCACUGUUUGUCUGGAAAGCGCCAAGGUAGUCUCAUGCUUUACCGGGCAAAUAAAUACCCUCAGGAAAUGCUGGGGCCCGUGACAUUUAUUUGGAAGCCCCAGAGGACCCCCGCCGACACUUCUGAGAGCAGGCAGUUGUGGAUCUGGCUUCACCCAACUCUUAAACAGGAUAUCUUAGAGGAAAUAAAAGCCGCGUGCCAGUGUAUGGAACCCACCAAGUCAGCCGUCUGCAUCCCCGAUUCCCUUCUGACACCGUCCCAAGAAAAAGGCCAAACGGACAUGCCCGAGGAGAAAAUUGGUAGGAAGAGAAAAUGGGAAGAUGAUGGAGAAAAUGCUGAACCAAUUAAGAAAAUCAUUGGUGAUGGAACUAGAGACCCACUUCAACCAUAUUCUUGGCUGUCUCCAACCACAGGCAUUAUGAUCAGUGAUUUCACAAUGGAGAUGAACAGAUUCCGGCUGAUUGGUCCACUUUCCCACGCCAUCCUAACUGAGGCAUUAAAAGCUGCUUCUGUCCACACCGAGGGAGAGGACACAGAGAAGACACCUCACCGAUGGUGGAUUGAAACCUGUGAGAAUCCUGAUAGCGUUUCCCUUCAUCACAGACAAGAAGGCAUUUUUGGACUGUUGGGAGGAAUUACAUCCCCAGCGGAAAUCCCGGCAGGUACUGUUCUGGGACUGACGGUUGGUGAUCCACGAAUAAAUCUGCCUCAAAAGAGGUCCAGAGUGUUGCCCAAUCCCGAAAAAUGCCAAGAUAAUGAGAAAGUUAGACAGCUGCUUCUGGAGGGUGUGCCUGUGGAGUGUUCGCAUAGCUUUCUUUGGAACCCAGAUAUCUGUAAGAGUGUCACAGAGAAUAAAAUCUCGGAUCAGGAUUUAAACCGGAAGAGGAGCGAGUUGCUGGUGCCCGGAUCACAGCUUCUUUUAGGUCCCCAUGAGUCCAAGGUUCCUAUACUAUUGAUUCAACAGCCAGGAAAAGCGACUGGUGAUGACCAGCAAGGCUGGGGAAGUGGCUGGGACGUCCUGCUCCCAAAGGGCUGGGGCAUGGCUUUCUGGAUUCCUUUUAUCUAUCGAGGUGCACGAGUCGGAGGAUUAAAAGAGACUCUAAUGCAUUCUCAGUAUAAAGGGUCACCCAAUGUUCCAGGUGAUUUCCCAGAUUGUCCUGCUGGAGUUCGGUUUGCUCAGGAGCAGGCUAAGAAUCUUCUGGAAAAGUACACAAGACGCCCUCCUGCCAAACGGCCCAAUUACGUUAAGCUUGGCACUCUGGCACCUUUCUGCUGUCCCUGGGAGCAGUUAACUCGAGACUGGGAAUCAAGGGUCCAGGCCCGGGAGGAAUCACCGGCAACUCCCUCUCCAGGGGGUGAGGAGAGUGGCCCCAGGAGAGACAUGGUGCCUUGUGCUCCCACAGCCCAAAGGACUCGACAGCUCUCUGAUGAUGCGGGCACAUCCCUAAACGACGCAGACAUGAUGGACACAGAUUGUCCAGCCCCGGCGGGGACCAAGUGGGUAGCAGGCCGGGGUGCCCCCCGUAGUCUCCUCUGCGUUGUGAGGAGCAGAAAGUUACUGAGGCAGCUGUCAGCCUGGUGUGGGGACAGUCGGGCAGCCCAGCGAGCUCCCGGCAGAGGGCAGCAGGACUUGACCAGAGAGGCCUGCCUGUCCAUCUCGGACCGCUUCCCCCGGGCCCUGGUGUGGGUCAGGCUGUCCCUGCUCAGCAAGGGCAGCCCCGAGCCGCACACCAUGAUCUGUGUCCCAGCCGAGGAGGACCUCCUCCAGCUCAGCCGGGAUCGGCUCUACCGUGGGCCCCAGGAAUCCAAGCACAGCGACCCCUUCAAGAGCAAGAUCCGGAAACAGAAGGAGCAGAAGAAAAGGGAGAAGAGGCAGAGCCCAGGGCCUGCUGCAGCCGAAGGCCUGGCCGAGGGGGACCCCCCUGGGCACCAGGCUCUGACCCUGGGCUUGUGGUCUGGCCCGCUCCCGGUUGUGACUUCUCACUGCUCCCGAGUCCUCCUGGGCUUUGUCACACAGGGAGACUUUUCCAUGGCUGUCGGCUGUGGAGCGGCCCUGGGGUUUGUUAGUUUGACAGGCCUGCUGGAUAUGCUGUCCAGCCAGCCGGGAGCAGAGAGGGGCCUCGUGUUACUGAGGCCGCCUGCCUCUCUGCAGUAUCGAUUCGCAAGGAUCGCUAUUGAGGUGUGAGGGUCAGUUUACAUCCUGGCAGGUAGAGAUAAUAACUGUAUUUGCCAAGUCCCAUAACUGGAGAGUUGUUUUCGCCUUCUUCUGUUUCAAAAUGUUGUGUGAAAUUCCUUGGAAACAAGAAUUAACAUUACGUAUUUAUGCAAAUGGAUGAAAUGUAAUCUUAUUCCAGAUUCCAGUAAUCUCAUUGCUGUCCCUCUUCCCCUUUCUUUGCUGUAAUGCUUUAUAUGGCCAAAAGCUUAUGUAUUUUGAUAUCUUGGUCUCUGUAAUUCUUGAUGAAAAUAAUGAAACUCCAUGUUUUCUUGUCCCCCCCUUUUUUUAAAUCAGGAACAGAGGGCUGUCACAUCUGUUUGAAAAAUCUUGUAGUCAUGAGAUAAGUGACAAUGGUUGUUUAAUGAUUUUAUUUAAUUUAAAAUCUUUGUUUUUAAAAUUUUAUUGGAGUUAGUGGGCUUA